UGGACGGUUUUUGUGUGAUUUUAACCAAUCACACUCACCCAGGUCACAGCAAAUGAACAGGAAGAAAAGAUGGCGGCGAGGAACGGAAAGAAUGGUCUACUGGAAAAAGUUCUGAUUGAAAAAUAUGGCUACAUUGAAACCUUCAACUUAGUCGAUGGACGUCUGUUCAUUUGCACGGUCUCCUGCCUUUUCGCCGUUGUUGCUUUAAUUUGGGAUUACCUGCACCCAUUCCCAGAGUCCAAGCCUGUACUGGCCUGCUGUGUCAUUUCAUACUUCAUAAUGAUGGGGAUUUUGACCCUCUACACCUCUUACAAAGAGAAGAACAUCUUCCUCGUGGCCAUGCAGAAGGACCCAGCUGGCAUGGACCCAGAUCACACCUGGCAGCUCUCCUCUAGCCUAAAAAGGUUUGAUGACCAGUAUACGUUAAGAAUUUGUUUCACUGAUGGGAAAACCAAGCAGUCGAGGGAGAUGGAGUUUACGAGGUCAGUCGGGGUGUUCUUCGACGAGGAUGGGACGCUGGUGAUGGACCAAUAUGAGAAAUCUAUCUCAAAGCUUCAUGACACACUGGCCACAGACAAGAAGACAAAGUAACGUUUGACGGCACCGGCCUUCAGCGACCCAGCACACACAGUAACGGUGGCUUUAGUGGGACAAAACACAGAUGUUAUUCAUCUAGUGAGUGUUAUCAGAGUUCAGCUCACAGCUGUAACAUUACAUAAGGUCAACAGUGUUUUUUUUAUUGCUUCUGUUAAAGAAAUGGUCCAGUUUUUUUUGUUUUGUUAACCUUUUUUUUAUUAAUGCAACUUCAGUUUGGUGCUUCAAUUUAAUGCUCUUAUUAAAAAUCCAGACAUUUCUACAACAAGCAUAGAUAAGAAAAACAAUGUUCUACAAUAUAAUUCGAUUUUAGUUCAAUUUAAAGGAUCACUUUAAAGAAAUAGUUCACCCUACAAUUAAAAUUUGGUCUAUAUGUUUUUUUGUUUUAUUCCUCGUAAUCAAGAACAGUUCCCAUAAAGUUUUUAUUUUGUCCCGAGCCUUAUUAAAUGUGUCUUUUCAAUCUGCACAUUUUUUGUCUGUUCUGAAGUUUACUUGUUUAGGCUUUGAGUGACAAUGACAAGCAAAAAAGGGACUUUGUCCAUCUGUUGUGUUGUCCCUUUGCCGCUUUGAUACUUUUAUGUUCGGCCAUUUAAGCUUAAACCAGGGAUAAUCGUUUUAUGUUCCUUUUUUUGAGCAUUGGAUCAGUUUUGACCUGUUUUCACACUCAGGAGUGAAUGGACCUUAAAUUCCUGGUUUUCUUUUGGUGUUCUGUCAACAAAAAUGUUCAAGUAGAUUAUCUAUAAUUUAUUUGGAAAGAACAGUACAUCUGGAUGCAGUUUGUUUCUCUGUAUUGUGAAAUAUUAGGCUUGCUGAAUUCAACAAAGGAUUCCUAGCAUUUUUGUCUAAUGAUAUUCAGCUUUAGCUACCCAUAUUGUAUGUGCCUGUUAUCAAACAAGAAAAAAUUACAAAAUAAAGUAAGGCAUUUUUACAUUUCUGUUCUGAUGUCA